AUGAUCACCAACGAUGCCCUGCUGGCUUCGGUUAAGCUGCUGGCCUCGGAUUUGGAUGGCACCCUUCUGGACCCACAUCACAAGCCAGCGGCUGGAACUUUCGAGGCCAUCGCAGAGUAUCAAAAAGCUGGGGGCGCUUUCGCUGUCUGCACGGGGCGAGACCUGGGCUCGGCGCGAGGUGUGCUGAAGGGCCUGGACAUCGAUACCAUGCCCGGGGUUUACCUCAACGGCACGACCGUAAAAGGCAAGGGCGGUGAGAUGCUCCGCAAUUUGACGCUUCCGCCGGAGUUACUGCAGCGCAUGGUGGACUGGGGCCGGGAGCACCGGGACAAGGCCUCAAUCCUUUUUGUGGAGGGAGAUGCCCACUAUGUUAUGGACCGCUCCGAGGAGUACGCGCUGUUUAUGCACAAGCACCUCCUGGACCCCGACCCUCUAGAAGUGAAGGGCGGCUGGGCAUCCCCGGAGAUCCCGACCAAGGUGAACAUGAUGCGUGUCAUCUGCAGCCCGGAGGACAUGGACACGAUCAAACCACAGGUGGCUGCCUGCGUCAAGGGCUUGGCCAACUAUGCGCAGUCGCUGCCGACCACGAUUGACAUCAUGGCCCCCGGCACCAACAAGGCUGCUGGCCUCCACGUCCUCUUGGAGGCACUGCAGCUCAGCAUGGCCGAAGUCUGCGCCAUCGGCGACUCCGAGAACGAUCUGGAGAUGCUGCAAUCCGUCCGCGUGGCCUGCGCCAUGGGCAAUGCCGUGAAGAAAACCAAGGCGGUUUCACACUUUGUGAUGCCCAAGAACUUCGACAACCCUGCAGGCGUUGUUUGUCUCGUGCGGUCGCUGACCAGAGCUCUCAACUCUGGGAGCACGCAACCUCCUAAGCCGCAGCAGACUUUGCGAGUAGCCUGCUUCUGCUGUGGCUCCUGGGGCACGGGCGUCGCACGCCAAGUGGGACAGAGCCUGCUUCACCUACCUCGCUUCGAGGAGCCUUUGGCCAUGUGGGUGCCGUCUUCUUUGAUGGCAUCUGAGAUCAGUGCGACUGGCUUCGAUGAGGCAAAUUUGCCCGGCCUGCGGCUGCCAAAAAACGUCAGAGCCACGGCCGACGCUGCGGAGGCCGCUGCGGGAGCGGACUUGUUGAUUUUGGUGGUCGCGAGGGAGAACAUGGCGGAGGUUGUCGAGCAGCUCAAGGGAAAGGUCAAAAGCACAGCAACUGCCGUUGUGAUGUCGAAAAUCCUCAUGCCGGAACCGCUUUCGAAGGAGAAGAGCGACAAGGGCUCUGGGCUCCACUUCGGGAGCGAGUUCGUGAGCAAAGCACUGGGAAUUCCUGCAGCCGUGCUGAUGGGUGGGACGCUGGCUGCGGACGUUGCUCGUGGGUACUUUGCGGAGGCCACUCUGGGCUGCAAGGACCCAAAGGUGAGCGAGGUCUUGCUCGAGCUUUUCAACAAGCCGAAUUUCUCGGUCAGCAGCCUACCCAGCCCGAUGGCCGUGGAGCUUUUUGCGGUCUUGAAGGCCAUCAUUGCCGUGGGCGCAGGGUUCUGCGACGGCCUCGAGUUGGGUCACAACUCCAAGGCAGCAAUCAUCCGCCUUGGUGCAGUGGAGCUGGCAAAGUUUGCCAGGCGAUUCUACCCGGAGGAGGCAUCAAAGGAAGCCCUUACAGAAGCGUGCGGCAUAACGGACAUCAUUGCAUCCAGCUAUGGGGACUCGCGGACGAGGCGCUGUGCGGAGGCCUUCGCCCGGGAGCCGCAGAAGGGCUGGGACCAGGUCGCUCGAGAGAAGCUGCGGAGUGGGGAGCCAGCGGGCAUCGCCGUGCUGCGGACGUGCGCAGCCUUCGUCAGGUCGCAUCGUGCUGAAAGCGACUUCCCAUUCCUGGCGCGCGUGGACGAGAUCUCUGCUUCGAGGGCAGCGCCAGAGUCGCUGACGGAGAUGGCGAUUCCAAGGGUUCGCGCUUCGAAAGCCCUGAAGGUGGCUGUGCUCGGCUCCGGCAACUGGGGCUGCGCUAUUGCCAAGAUCAUCGCUCGCAACGCGCUGAGGCGUACCGAGUUCCAGAAAGAUGUGGCCAUGUGGGUUUACGAAGAAAUGGUCGAAGGCCGCAAGCUCACUGACAUUAUCAACGAAGAGCACGAGAACGUGAAAUACCUUCCAGGAGUUGAGUUGCCGCACAACCUGCAUGCCGAGUCCGAUGUAAAGACUUGUGUCCGGGACGCUCACAUUCUGGUCUUCGUACUGCCGCACCAAUUCUUGCCUGGAUUGUUGAAGUCCAUCAAGGGUGCCGUGCUCGCGGAUGCUGUGGGUGUCUCAUUGGUCAAAGGCUACCUGGAGAUCGAUCGACAAACAGGUUCGUUGACCACCGGAACACAACUCAUCGAGGCUGAGCUUGACAUUCCCUGUGCCGUUUUAAACGGUGCCAAUGUGGCCACCGAUGUGGCCCACGACCAUUUUGCAGAGGCCACCCUUGGCUGCACAAGCGACCAGUCCCAGGUGCUUUGGAACCUGCUCAAUACGCCACAGUUCAGCGUGCGCACCACUCCUGACAGGUUGGGAGUGGAGCUUUUUGGGGGUCUGAAGAACGUGGUCGCCCUGGCUGCGGGCUUCUCCGAUGGGCUCGGCUUCCCGCCUAACACCAAAGCAGCUAUCCUGCGGCGCGGACUGCAAGAAAUGGCCCGGCUCAUCAAGGAGCUCUAUCCCAGCUCCUCGCCAGACACGCUGCUGGAGAGCUGUGGGUUGGCUGAUUUGCUGACGACUUCCUACAGCGGUCGAAACCGCAUGUGCGCCGAGGCCUUCGCAAUGUCUCCGACGAAGAGUUGGGAAGACAUCGAGGCGGAGCUCCUCCAGGGCCAGAAGCUCCAGGGGCCGAGCACCUGCAAGGACGUCUGGGCAAUGAUCGAGAAGCGGGGUCUUGAGAGCAAGUUUCCGCUCUUCACCGCGAUCCAGCGGGCGGUGACCAAAGAGAUCACCCCGGAAGGCGUUUUCAAGUGCAUUGGGCUAGUGUCCGCCACUUGA